UGCAGAGCAUGACUGUUUUUUUAAAUUGGGUUGCUCAAAUUUGAACGGCGAGGACACUUUGGCUUUCUGCAGAUCUUAAAUCAGCUUGCAAAUCUUGACAUUGUCCCCCAUGAAGUGAUUAUAAAUGAGCAAGUAAUCUGCAUUGAGGUGAAUAAUUACAUUUUAAUCCCAUCUUCACUAUCUCCCAUCUUGAGGUAUUUCUAAAUCACCAACGAGUGAAAGAGCCGUGUGCGUGUGUGUGUGUGCCUUUAAAACAAAUCAAUAUUCAUCUCCUGUAUCUUUGAAGCGCAACUCAUCAAUCACGUUGCUGGAGUCCAUAAAUCCAGCCCAGGGCUCACAGUCCAACCACUCGCAUAACAAGUCAAGGAGGUCCGGCAGGGAUCCCAGAGGUGCUCCUUCCCACCGAAGGUGAGCACACACUCCCUCUGCCGCCUGGGCGUGUCCUUCGCUUUUCCAGGGAAGAGGAAUUGCGACACUCCUUCAAGUUUCAGCACGAGAGGAGCCAGUCUGGAAUGGAAAACUAGGAAGCUGGGCAUAUUUUUAAGCAGAAAAAAGCAAAGAAUGAAUGCGUCACUCUCAGUGCCGUUUGGGACGCUCCCGUUGCAGCCAAGACCAAUGAAAACAAAACACGACGUGCCGCUGCCGGCGCCGGGCUUCCUCACGCGCAGCUGAGAAGACCACCGCGCCGCCGAAUCCCCAUCGAGAUGGAACCCGGCGAUCCUCUGCCGCCGCCGCCACCUCCUCCUUUACUGCCUCCUCCUCCUCCCCCACCGCCGCCGCCCCCCGGUCCGGGCAGCUCGAAACUAGAGCGUCGGCGCUCCAGGAUGCGCAACUUCAACUGGGAGACCAUCCCCAAGCACACGGUGAUGGGCAAGCACAACAUCUGGACGGCGGAUCAGGCGGACGGCGACUACGAGCUGGACACGGACCACAUAGAGGAGCUCUUCAGUCAUAAGCGGGCCCAGCAGCAGAACCAGCAGCAGCUCGCCACCCUGGGCCGCCACGGCGCCAGGGGCCCGCUGGCUGCCGCCUCCGGGGCAGAACUGGUGUCCAUCCUGAGCGCCAAGAGGAGCAUGAACAUUGGGAUUUUCCUCAAGCAGUUCAGGCGGCCUGUCACUGACAUGAUUGAGGAAAUCAAAGCGGGAAACGGCCUCGGUUUUGGCCCCGGGAAACUUCGGGAGCUGCGUAAGCUGCUGCCGGAUGACGGCGAGGUGAAAGAGCUGCUUAAAUUUAGCGGCGACCAAACGUCCCUCCCGGACGCCGACCUCUUCAUGCUGAUGCUGAUCCGGAUCCCCGGGUAUGAGGAGCGUCUGAGCAGCUUGGUCCUUAAGGAGGAGUUUUUCCCCGUCAUGGCUGAAAUGAGAGGAUUCCUUGGCACUUUGAAAGCUGCUGCAAACGAGCUUCUGGAUUCUGACAGCUUGCACUCGGUCAUCCGGCUGGUUUUGAAGACGGGCAAUUACAUGAACGCCGGCGGAUACGCCGGCAGCGCAAUCGGCUUCCGGAUGGCAUCCCUGCUCAAGUUGGUGGACACCAAAGCAAACAAGCCCGGCAUGAAUCUAAUGCACUAUGUGGUGAUGCAAGCUCAGAACGUCGACGUGGAGCUACUUAACUUUGCUAAACAACUCGCUCACGUCAAAGCCGCAGCAAGGAUCAAUCCGAGUGAGCUUGAAGCCGAGUUCGAUCGGCAAGUCAAGAAAGUCAACGACGCCAAAGCCAAUACUUUGAAGCAGGAAGACCUCAAGGCUCAAAUGGAGGAUUUCCUCCAAGAUGCCGAGGCCUGCUUGGACGAGGUGGAACGGGAUCUGCGGGAGCUUCAGUCCACCAACGACUCGGUGGCGGAGUACUUCUGCGAAGACCCCAGCAAGUUCAGACUGGAGGAGUGUUGCUCAAUCUUCGACUCCUUUUGCGAGAAGUUUCUGCGGGCCGUGCAGGAAAACACAGCCCGGGAGAAGGCGGAGGUGAAACGACGACACCAGAAGCGUCUCCAAAGCGCCGCCAAGCGCAGAUCCACGGCCACCUGCUCAGUCAGAGACAAAGAAAUGGAGGGCAUCGCUUUGGAGUCCAUCCUGCAAAACCUCCUGAGCAACCGGCUCCAGAGGAGACGCUCGGGACGCCCCUUGUCCGCUCACGGCUUCCCUGCCGGCGCCAGCCCUCAGUCAGGAAGCCUCUCGGAGAUGACCUCCCAGCCUGAGCUCAAAUGUCUGGAAUCUUUAAAGGCCGGCGUCACGGCCAAGAAAGAGUGGAACUCCGCCGCCGAACUCACCACAACUCCCCAUCGACCAGCGGACGGCUCGGACCACGACGCUCACCAAAAGAAUCAGGGAGAGGAUCUACGUCGUGCCGCUGAGGAAUCGAGCGGCGGGAAUCCCAGCAGUCCUUCCUCGCCUCGCACGUUCUCCGCUGCCACGGACAGCGACGAGGAGGACCUCCAGGACAAUAACGAGGAGGAGGCCCAAAAACUGCGUGAGGCCUCCAAGAAGGUUUUGCUCUACCAGAAAAGCCGGGGCAGCGUCUCCUCCACGGAGCUUCCUGUGGAAAAUCCCAAGUUGGCCAAGACCCGUCAGCGGACUUUUGACAUGGAAACCGACCGGUACCCCGGAGACCCGACAAACGAGGAUCUGGUCAAAUUCUUGCUCAGCUCGUCGCCUCCGUCCAAGUGUAAUAUUCCCCGCCGCCACACGCUGCCGGUCAAAGUCAAGAAGGAGGCAGAGGACGACGAUGACGACUUGUGGGACACCGAGCAGGAGACCGAGCGAGGUUCUGACUUCACCAACCUACCUCAAAAACGAGAUUCUCAGGCCAGCGAGGGAAGGCUGAGCCUUACGCCGCCGCCCCCCGGCCAAGACAAGGAGCAAAACUACGAGGGAAAUGGCGAAAGUGUUCUUCCAUCCAAGAGUUCGUGGAGCAAGUCGGAGUCCUCAGGACUCUUUUAUGGCUUGUUCAAGCGCCUCGGCGACAUUGGUAGGCAGCAGCCGGUCAAGGAAACUGCUCAUCUCGGUACAGAUGUGUAAGGACGCAAAUGAAUCUGAAAUGAUGAGCUCGUCUCUAAAAUGCUGCCAUAGCUUUCCUUCAUGGGAUGUCUGAAAUUGACGAGUUCAAGCCACACAAUCCAUUUUUUGGCUCAUUGCCAGCUUGACGUCAUGGUGGAGAGGAUGAAGAUUAGGGACCAAUGUAUGGAUGUGCAUGAAUGUGGGGAGGGGGGGAGUUGAGACUACAUAGAGAAGAGAGCCGUUUUAGGGAAAGUGUCGUGUGGUAGAAGAAAGAAGUUGUUGAUGAGGUCAGAUGAGAGGGACAGCCGAGCUUUGGUGUUUUGGCGACAUGACCCGUUCAGAAGAAAGAAAGAGUAUGUUGGAAAGGAUGGUGAGGAUGCAAGUGAGGAAGAAGGUUGGGGAUGUAGCGAAGGAAGACUUGAGGGUUGUUGCUGUUCAAGAGGAAAAGGAUGACGUGCAGUGGACACUCAUAACUCGGGUCAGAGGACUCCCGCUGAAGAAGCUGGGCAAAGUUGUCCGGGAGUGGAGUGUGUUGUCUUUUGGCGCAAGCCAACCUUGAGUACGAUGAAAAUGAACUCUGUUGCAGGACUGGGCGCUACCGCUAGAUGGCAGCAUGUUACAGUCCUAUGGAAAGACCAAGCUAUUGGUCAGUCGUAAUUGGAAUGCAUAUUGGACGUUGGGAAAUAGCCCAUGUUAUGUUUUUUUUAUAUUCUCGAAAUGUUCAUUUAAAAAUGUAAUUCAACAGUUUUUUUCACUUCUAUAUUGUCCCCCAGUGAUGUCAUCAGAUGAGCUUUUGCUUCUGCACAAUUCAGCCUUUGUUUUGUGUGUGUGUGUGUGGGGGGGGGGGGGGCUUAAUUAAAUGGGUCAGUGGUACAAAGGCUGCCUGUCAGAUGAGGCGUGUUACGAGCGCCGCAGUUUAGUCAGCCCACCAAAUAAACAAACACCUGACGCUCAGGGAACAUGUCAGCUUUUAACUUGCGCCCGCUACUCCUGCCAGCCAAUCUCUGGUGUCCAACAAUCUCCGGGGCAGAUUUCUUCUUUCGAGCCAUUACAGUCAAGCAAGUCAGAUUCCACACAAGGCAUCGAAAUAAAUACAACUUCAUCACAUACACGCACUGAAAGCUGCACAGCCAAAAGAAAAUUAGAAAGUGAAUAAGCUUAAUGGGAUACAUGAUAACAAUAUUGGAGAGGUCACUGCUUGGGAAUGGUGCUCACAUUGUAACACAAUACUGUACUGCAAUAGCAUUACAAUGUUACUGUAUUUAAAUGUCAUUUAUUUAUACUACCAUAAUAAACAUUGUGGCACUAUUA